AAAUUUUCAGUUCUGCCAGCCAGUGUCCGCGCGGCCAGCGCACAGAGCGGUUGUACCAUAGAGCUUAGUCCCUGCGACAAAAGUUACGCGCCAACUUUACGCGUCAAAUAAAAAAACUGUGACAAUUUUUUUAUAAUUUUACGACCGUGUACGCAAUAAUUGAAAUUUUAAUUACAACAGUGAGUUUCUUUAGUGUUUCUUGUGAACAUUGUUAAAUUUACUCGACCAGAUUUGGCGUAACUCGAGCAUCAACUCGAUUCAAAAUGGCGACCGCGUGACCGAACCUGAAACAACGAACCUAGUGCCAAAACUGGAUCAGCCAAAUUGACUACAAUGUGAACGUACAGACGCAAAAUCACAUGUUGUCUCUAACAACCAGCCUAAUAACUACGCAGCCGACAUAUUUAAGCAGCCAAAUAAACAGUUCCUUUUUCAAAAAUGACACAGAAAGCGCGGCAGACAUCACCGAUGCGCCCAACGGUCUGCCCUUCGACACCGACGAAUUUCAAAAUUCAAAUGCAACGUUCGAUGAUACGAAUUUUUCGAACGCGUCACUCCAAAUGUCGCUUACCAACGACUCGUUUACAGAAUACGCAGAGAUACCGUAUUACAUAAAAGCUACUUCGAUGACUUUUUGCAUCGUCAUCAUGUGUUUGGGAGUCAUUGGGAAUGUUAUGGUGCCAAUUGUGAUCCUCAAAACGAAGGAUAUGCGGAACUCUACGAAUAUUUUUCUAGUUAACUUGAGCAUUGCUGAUCUGAUGGUGUUGCUUGUGUGCACUCCGACGGUGCUGGUGGAGGUCAACUCGAAGCCGGAGACCUGGGUGCUGGGGAAAGAACUAUGUCUAGCAGUGCCCUUCGUCGAGCUAACCGUGGCGCACGCGUCGGUCCUCACCAUCCUGGCCAUCAGCUUCGAGCGCUACUACGCCAUCUGCGAGCCGCUGCGCGCCGGCUACGUGUGCACCAAGACGCGGGCCACCCUCAUCUGCGCGCUCGCCUGGUUCUUCGCUGCUUUGUUUACCAGCCCCAUCCUCGGCGUCGCUCACUUCUCCUACGAAGAGUACGACGACGGCAGCCUCGCGCCCGUCUGCCUCACGCAGGCCGACACCUUCUGGUCCGCCCUCUUCUUCAUCCUCACCAUCGCCGUCUUCUUCAUCAUCCCGCUCGGCAUCCUGCUCGUGCUGUACAGCAUCAUCGCCAAGAACCUCAUGGAGAACCCCGUCAUCAUCUCCCAAAACACCAAAAGCACCGCCAAUGGAGGAAAUGUUCUUAGGUAUAGGAAACAGGUGAUCCUAAUGCUUGGGACGGUGGUUCUGUCGUUUUUCGUUUGCUUGCUGCCGUUCAAGGCACUCACGCUGUGGAUCAUAGUGUUCCCGCCAGAGACAAUAAUGUCGUUAGGUAUAGAUGGUUAUUAUAUACUGUUGUAUUUUUGUAGGGUGAUGUUGUAUUUGAAUUCGGCAGUCAAUCCGAUUCUGUAUAAUUUGAUGUCGUCCAAGUUUAGGGAGGGGUUUGUGAAGCUACUCAGGAUAAAUAAGCUGAUGAGGUGCAGUAGGACCUUGAGAGAGAAUAUGCAAAGACGAGACACGUUUAAUACGACAACUUCCACUGGGUUCUCGAGCAGUCAGAAUACUUCAGAGUCGUUCUGGAGACGGUACAGCAAUAGAACGAGCUCACAAAAAAUAGUCUUGAACAAAGACGGCAAGAAAGUAAAGGAAGCUCUCAUCGAACCGCUGGUGCAAAAAAUAAAAGUAGGUGAAAUUGUAAAUGUUGAAAACACUAGACGUAAUAGUAUGAAGUUUAUAUCAGCUAUAGACGAUAAUUUCGAUGUACCUAUAGAAGUAGAUGUCCAUGACAACCACUGCCAACAUGACGAAGUAGUUUUAAGUGAAAAUAAUGAAGAAACAGACACUGCCACUGAGAACAAUAAACAAAUACAAAUAUUGAACUUAGAUGUUAAAACAAAUAAUGUAUAUUCUAUAACGUUAGAUGUAAGUGAAAAUAGCGAAGGUAAGAAUAGAUUUGUAUGUGUCCCUGUCACAGACAAGGAAAGUAAAAAUAUAUUUGUAUACGACUUUAAAAGUAAGGAAAGUUUUGUGUAAUUUACUUAUCAAUCAACAUGUAACCAUUUGUGAUAAGUUUGUAAGAGAGUCUAUAAGUAAUAUUUAGAAUGUUGACAUAAAAUUUAACGUAGGUAAGUACUUGUCUUAUAUCCUUUUUUAAUUUUCGUUAUUUACCCAAAGAAACUACAUAUUUAAGUUACCAAUAACUUUUAACUACAGUUACGUACUUACUUAAUUUAAUUUAAUUAAUAAAAAAAACUUACAUCUAAUUAAUUAUAAUACAGGAAAUCAUACUAGUCGGUUCCUUUCUUCAUUAUGUUUUAAUGACUGUCAGUGAUAGUAUUAUUUUAGAAGUGUUUUUUUUUACAUAAUAUGCUGUAAUUUUUACAUUUUCUUUCAAAGUGAUAACCAAAAUACUAAGUAUUGGCAUCGGAUACUAUCAUACAACCUGCAUUUUAAAGUGGUUCAUAUUCCAGUUUACCGGAUGUAUACAGAAUAGAAUUUUAUCAGUGAUACUCCCAGGCAAUUGAAUUCAUAAUUAAAAUUUCUUGCACUAUAUGAGAUCAACAACAACAAAGUCUCUGAUUAAAUCCCACCCUAUAUAAAUAUGUACCUGUGUAGACCACUUGGGGAUGAUCCUCACUGGAGACACAUAAGAUGCUCAGAAUGUUUGAACGACUUCCAAUCGGCUUCCUUAAAGGUAAACGUCCACCUUUCGGCAUCGUAUGCAACGGACGCAUCGCAUUCAGUAUUCUUUGUAUAGAAAUUCACACAAGUACAUCCACUUCAUCCAUCGGCAUAGCCGGCGUCGUUUCUCCAUAGAUUUAUGACAAUCCGUUUGCGUUGAUAAGUACGAUACCGGUAGGUAGACCUUAAACCACCAAGUUUCUUACAUUAUAAUAUCGGUGCGAUUGGCUUUGAGCCAAAUAAAUACAAUCUCUAAAAGAGAUUCGUGGAUUUUAAGCUCUUUUUAUACUUAAGUUUGACAUUUAUAUGAAUGAAUGUGUGUGUAACAUAGCAUUAUUCAUGUGCUGAGGUAAUUACUAAAGAGACUUGUUAGAAUUCUUAUAUUGGAAUUAUCUUUAAUUUCAUGCAUUUACGAUAGUAUAUAAUUUUUAUGUGUUAUAUUUUACAAUUUAAAAAAUUGUUAGUACCUAACUU